AUGUCUUCACUGUAUGCGCCGACGGACGAGGUGAAGCGGCGGUUGCGGCCAUUCGGACUGUUCUUCGAAAAGUCGUUGAAGGAUCUCAUAAAGGGGAUCCGGUCGCAGCAGUCGCCGGAACAGCUGCAUGAGUUCUUGACGAGGGUGCUCAGCGAGUGCCGGGAGGAGGUGAAGCAUGCGGACUUUAAUAUGAAGACGAACGCAGUGCUGAAGCUGACGUACCUGGAGAUGUACGGCUUCGACAUGUCAUGGGCAAACUUCCAUGUGCUGGAGGUGAUGAGCAGCACGCGGUUCCAGCAGAAGCGGGUGGGGUACCUGGCUGCGUCGCAGAGCUUCUACAAGGACCACGACAUUCUGAUGCUGGCGACGAACCUGCUGCGCAAGGACCUGAAGUACAGUCUGAGCAACGAGACGGUGCGGAUGGGCGUGGCGCUGAGCGGGUUGUCGGCGAUGGUGACGCCGGAGCUGGCGCGAGACAUCUGCGAGGACCUGUUCCUGAUGCUGCACAGCACGAAACCGUACAUCCGGAAGAAGGCGGUGACGGCGCUGUUCAAAGUGUUUCUGCAGUACCCCGAGGGGCUGCGGGACAACUUCGAGAAGUUUGUGGACAGGCUGGAAGACGACGACCUGUCGGUGGUGAGCGCGACGGUGAGCGUGAUCUGCGAGCUGUCGAAGCACAACCCGCAGCCGUUCAUCCAGCUCUCGCCGAUCCUGUACCAGAUGUUGAUCAAGGUGGACAACAACUGGGUGAUCAUUCGGCUGCUAAAGCUGUUCACGAACCUGGCGCAGAUCGAGCCGAAGCUGCGCGUGAAGAUCCUGCCCAAUGUGCUGGAGUUGAUGGACAGCACGACGGCGAUAUCGGUUGUGUACGAGUCGAUCAACUGCAUUGUAAAGGGGAACAUGCUGAAUUCGGACGAUUACGACAGCGCGGUGGCUUGUCUGGAUAAGCUGCACGACUUCUGCACAUCGAAUGACCCGAACUUACGAUACCUGAGCUGUGUGCUGUUCUACAAGAUUGGAAAGAUCAACACAGACUUCAUUGCAAACUUUGACGUGUUGAUUCUGCGGUUGCUGGUAGAUGUGGACGUGUCCAUCAGGAGCAAGACGCUCGAGUUGCUCGAAGGCAUUGUUACUGAGGACAACCUCGUCGACUUUGUGCAGCGGCUGUUGAAGCAGUUUGUGGAUGUGGAUAAAAUAUGUGUCAAUGACCAGGAGUUCAGCAUCGAUAUCCCCGAAUACUACAAGAGCAAGAUGAUACACGCCAUCUGCAAGAUCACGGCAAUGAAAAACUACGCAAACGUUACAGACUUUGAGUGGUACAUCGCCCUGCUUUCGGAUCUCUGCAUAGUCUCCCAGGACCUGCAAGACAAGACCCUCGCGCAGAAACUGGGUGAGCAAAUUAGAAACAUCAUGGUGAAGGUUCCUGACCUGCGGGAUCGCACUUUGGCGCAGAUUGUGCAGCUGGUGAAGAGCGAGGACAUCACGGCCCGGCUGCCCGGUGUUCUGAAGGAGUGCAUCUGGUGCCUGGGCGAGUAUUCGUCGUUGCUCGACAAUAAGGAUGAGUAUAUUCUGCUAUUGGCAGAAAAUUCGAAAUUAUAUGAGCCUGAACUACAGCAAACUUUGAUCCCUGCCAUUUUGAAGAUUUAUAGCAAUUGGUGUAACGAGUCGGUGGUCGACACGGGUCGUAUUAAAUGGGUUACCGAGCGGAUAAUCACCCCACUAGAAGAUCUAAUAAUCUCGAAGAACUUCGAAGUCCAGGAGCGGUCUUCCGAGGCUCUCGAAUUUCUACGCUUGUGUCUGGACUCACUCUCCGAAGAUGCGUCUGAUUCGCUACCGCUGCUACUUACAGAAGUCCUGCCCAGCUUCUUCAACGCCUUUGAGUUACAGCCCAUUACCUCGGGCACUCAGAGAAAGCUACAACAGAGCAUUAGUGUCGAUUGCGACACGCCCUUUCUCACAGAAAGCGAGCUCGAGCAACUACUAGCUGAUGACACAUCUGUGGAUGGCAUUGUCUCGCCGGAUGUGUCGGAUACCGAGUCCGACUCCGAGAUGUACGUGCCGGGAGCUGCGCCAAAAGACAAAGGGUCUUCGCCCACACACGAGCUAACCACCGCCGAAUUGGAGGCUAUCAAUGAGCGUAGGAAGCAGGAACGCGUUGGUAACCCCUUCUAUCUUGACGAUGCCGACGUAGGAUCAGUCAAAAAGGUCGACAUUUUGGACAAUUUAAGCAACAGCAAACCCUCCAGCAGCGGCAGCCUCGUCAGGCUAUCUUCCGAAAGUAAAGCCAAAGAAAAGAAGAAAAAGGUCAAGGUGCGGGUGAUUUCUGACGCUGUAAUCGUUGACGGCGUCAAUACUGCAGAUGUCACCGAUGACCGGCCAAGCAAUACCCCUUCUGCCCGCAACAAGAUUGCUUUACAAUUAAAGAACAAAUUGGACUCAUUUGAUUUCACAAAGCCUAGGGAUGAGGGCGACUACGACCCUGAUGUUGAUCUACAAAAGUUGAGAGAGAAGUUUGCACAACAGCGCUUAUUAGAUGAGUCUGCUGCCGCCGAAGAGGAGGUUGUGGUCGUCAAAAAGAAGAAGCGCUCGAAGGAUGGCUCUAAAAGUAGCAAGAAAAAGUCCAGAUCCAAAUCCAAGCCCAGCUCGAAGGGCGGAGAUACUGCUGAAGCAGAGCUACUGCCAGGUCUAACUACUGAAUAA